AUGAUUACCUUUACCGAAGACUUUGCAGCCGUAAUUCCCUUCUGGAAGAUCUGUCUCCCUUCUCUGGGACCACCCGCAUCCAACGUCCCCCUCUUCAGCCUUACAGUGAUCGCCAUUCUCCUCGUUCCGGCCGGCGGCCAGCGCUCUUUCUACGUCCACGAGUUUCAUAAGAAGUACGGCCCUGAUGUCCGCAUUACCCCUGAAGUAAACAUUUGCAACGUGGCUGCCAAGCAAUUCAUCCACACGCCCCAAGGUUGCUUCAGCGCUACCACAAGCGCGUUGAGGCCCCCCUCCCUCCCCAACCCCGUCGUUAUCAAGGGGACUAUUCGUCUGUGGAGCGCGGCGCCCGCUGAGGAGGGUGUCAACCUUUCCGAUCAUCAUCUUCCCCCCGGGGUCACUACUCUUAUCCAGCUGGGAUCUCAGAAGGAUGGAGGGGGGAAAGGAAACGUGUGAACCAAUCAGAUGAAGAAUGUCA